AUACGCAUUUUCUAUUCCACAGGUUGGUGUAUAAAUGACUUGUGUGGCGUUUGUUUGACGUGACACUCCCCCUUGGUCGAUGGGAGGCCGACGUCACCCUGCCAGCGGAGGAGUGGAUGGCCUGUGCAAUAAAAAUACAUGAAGAGAAUUGAGGAAAAGGAGAAGAUUGGCCAGGGGAAAAGCAACAACACGGCUGUUAUUCCUUUCUUCACGUUCCGCUCGUGAACCGUGGACUUGAGCUCCCUUCUGAGGCGCACUGGGAUGUUUUUUCGCCUCUCUAUCAAGAGCUCGGGCAGAAAUGCUGUGUUAUGUGCGGCUUUCUUGGCUUUUUAAGCACACCGAGAGAGAUAACUGUACUGUAUCCCAGCCCAGCGGAUUGGAGUGAAAGUCCGCCAUAUUCUGCCUUACCACGCCCGGGAGUCGAGCCAUUGGAAAAUAAACGGACAGCCUUAUUCAUGCGUUUUUCUUGUUGCCCUCAUCCGCAGACGGUAACCUGAACGCGAGGGAUUUCGUUUAAUGAAAAAUAUCAACAUUGACGACUUUGAAGAGAGGGUGGCCCGGCUCGGAUGACAAUGCUUAACGAGAUCACACUGAGCAGUACGGAGGAUGUGUCUUAAAAGGAUCUGUUGAUCAUAUUGAGACGGGAAAGCAGAUUACACCAAUUAAGAUUGCACAGAUAUUCCACCGAAACCGCUUUGGACUGUUGUUUUGAAGCUGUCGGGAGGCCCCAGAAAAGCGACCCGAAGCAGGGGGAGGGGGUGGGGGGGUCAAUAAUUUCUCAAAUAUCUAAUUUUCCUUUCCACCACAAUCUGUGCGCUGUUGGGACUCAUUAUAAGGGCGUCCACGCGUUAUUUCACCACCAGUAGGCCUGUAUGAGGACGUUAUUUGGCAUUCACAGGCCUGUCUUUUUUUUCUUUCUUUCUUUUCCUUUCUUUCCUUCUGCCCCUGAAAUCUGGAUGAAUCACUAAGAGGGGAAAGGAGUGCGAGUUUUACAAAAGGAGAGAGAAUGACCCUGGAAUCCAUAAUGGCGUGUUGCCUCAGCGAGGAGGCGAAAGAAGCCAGGCGGAUCAACGACGAGAUCGAAAGGCAGCUCCGCCGGGAUAAGAGGGACGCACGCCGGGAGCUGAAACUGUUGCUUCUCGGCACUGGGGAAAGUGGGAAGAGCACAUUCAUCAAACAGAUGAGGAUUAUCCACGGCACCGGUUACUCUGACGAGGACAAAAGGGGCUUCACCAAGCUGGUUUAUCAGAACAUCUUCACGUCCAUGCAGGCCAUGAUCCGAGCCAUGGAGACGCUCAAGAUCCCCUACAAGUAUGAGCACAACAAGGCUCACGCCAACAUAGUGAGAGAGGUAGAUGUAGAGAAGAUCAACAAGUUUGAGAAUCCCUACGUCGAUGCAAUCAAGAGCUUAUGGAAUGACCCGGGCAUCCAGGAGUGUUACGAUCGAAGGCGGGAAUACCAGCUCUCGGACUCUACUAAAUAUUACCUGAACUCACUGGAUCGGAUCGCUGAGACAGCCUACCUUCCCACCCAGCAGGAUGUGUUGAGGGUUCGAGUUCCAACCACAGGCAUUAUUGAAUACCCAUUUGACCUGCAGAGUGUCAUAUUCAGGAUGGUGGAUGUAGGAGGUCAGAGGUCAGAGAGGAGGAAGUGGAUCCACUGCUUUGAGAACGUCACAUCAAUCAUGUUCCUGGUAGCGCUCAGCGAGUACGACCAAGUUUUGGUGGAGUCGGAUAACGAGAACCGGAUGGAGGAGAGUAAAGCUCUGUUUAGGACAAUAAUCACAUACCCCUGGUUCCAAAACUCCUCAGUCAUUCUGUUCCUCAACAAGAAGGACCUGUUGGAGGAGAAGAUUAUGUACUCUCAUCUGGUUGACUACUUCCCAGAGUAUGAUGGUCCGCAGAGGGAUGCCCAAGCAGGGCGAGAGUUUAUCCUCAAGAUGUUUGUGGACCUGAACCCAGACAGCGACAAGAUCAUCUACUCUCACUUCACCUGUGCCACUGACACAGAGAACAUCCGUUUCGUCUUUGCAGCCGUCAAAGACACCAUCCUGCAGCUCAACCUAAAGGAGUACAACCUGGUGUAGAGCAGGGCAGAGCAGGGUGUUCCGACUGCGGGCCCUCAGCACACACUGACUGACGCAAUCUGUGAAAAGAUAGAUCAUAUACACACACACACACAUUUAAAAAAAAAUCUAAUGGUUGCAUAAUACUAAUUUAUUUGCUGUCUGCUGAUCUCUUGACUCCUCGAGGGGUGAGCAAAGUAAAUGUUAUCUUGCUAUUUAAGAAGUGAUGAAAAAGCGGGGACAGGAUAUUCGCGAGGGUUGGGUGGAAGGCGCUCAAAUGAAUGCAGUGUGUUUCUGUCCCUCCUGCCUUUUUAUAAAAAAAGAAGAAGAAAAAAGAAGUUUGAAUUCCUUUUUUUAACCUUCUUCCUUACCUGUUGUUUCAUUCUGAAGCUUCAUCACGGGCGUUUACCUGUUUGCCCAGCAGGGAGUGAUGUGUUAGAUGGCUUCAUUUUUUAUUUAUUUUUUUAAUCUGAUAGACUGAUUGGCAAGUCUUUUGAUGAGUAGGCAGAAUUUGUGAUCUCUUUUAAAAUGAUUUAAAAUUCAUUUGAUAUAUGCGAGUGGCUUAGAUCUUUAUUAAUCUUACUUUGCAUUGGCUUUUGGUACCAUUCAGUGAGUCGAGCAUGUGUUUUGGAGGGAACAACCCAAGUCGUGUGUCAAGUGACGGUCAUGUCAUGGUUUCCAGCUGGCGAUAGAUCCGUUCAGUUCAGAAAUGUGAGUGAAAAUGGCUUUGAAAAUUAAAAAAAAAAAGAAGGAAAAAAAGCUUUGAGCAACAGAGUGAGGAAGCACACAGGGACUUCUGCUUUGUCAUGUAAAGAUGAACCAUGGCAGCGAUCACUUUACACAAACUGAAGGGAGCCGAGAGGUAAUAAUUUAUCAGACGAUAUGUUUAAAUGAUUAUGUUCAACUGUGCCACAUUAACGCUUUUUAUUAUGGUAACAUGUAUAUUUAUUGCCAAAUGCCAAAAAAAAAAGAAAGUGAGACAGACACAGGCCCAGACUCCACAGCUGUUCACUGAAAUGAAAAGUGUUGCAGACAGGAAAGAGCAGGGCUAACAAACACUCACUGACUCUACCGACCCGACGUAUCGACCCUGGAGGGUUUUUUGUUUGUUUGUUUGUUUGUCUUUUUAAAUAAAUUUUAUUUCUUACGCUUUUGAAGUGUUCAACACAGUCUGCGGUAUUCUUCCCCACCCCCGACACACCGACCCACCAUGGACUGACCUGAGCUACAGCGAGCUGGUGGGCUCUGAAAGACGGGGCAGCUACACCCGGUGCGCUGAACUGCCUAAAAUUGUCCAAUCACAACCUUGCGCCGUGAGCUGCAGGCCCCUCGCACCAAGCCCGUGCCAGCCUGCAGACUUAUCCAGUCGCAUUUUAGUUGUGUCUUUGUAAUUGUCCAAUCACAGCCCGGCUGUCUUGACUGUUGUAGUUGAAUAGCAGUGGAGAGUAAAUCUGGCUAGUUCCUGUGUGAAAGGUAAAGUGUUGACGUUCAGUUGUACCAAAGUGAGCCCUUCUUGUUUCUAAUUGGCAUUUCUGAUCUGUAGUCCUUCAUUCCCCGACUUACUUUGAAUACUUUUUAAAAAAAAUUUCUUUCGUAACACUUCCCUAGAUCAUAAGCCUGUAAUUAACAUUUAUUGAGGCAUAGUGCAAUUAUGAAUGCUAUAAUCAUUGUACAUACAUCUCUCUCUAUAUAUAUUGCAGCAUCUUUGUUGGCUUUGUAAUCAUUACUUUUUUUCUGUUUUGUUUUUAUUUGUUUUGUUUGUUUUUUGGCAGAUUGAAUGUGCGGUAUUGAAAAUAUGUAUCUAUGUAAUUGUAUUGUAUGUCUAAUGGCUAAUUCGUUUUUGGAAGAAAAAAAAGUUAUUUACAUGUUUGUUUUGAUUGUUUUUUGUUUUUGUUUUUUUUGUAAGAGGAGAAUGUAAAUUUUGUGUUUUGCCAGUUUGAUUUCUCAGCGAUGAAACAUCGUUCAGCUUCAGAACUGCAAAAAGAGGAAUAUUAUUAACCGAGAAUAGAUCAAUUGGUGUGCCAGUACUAGCCGUUUUGUUAAAUUGAUUUUUAUAUGGGAAAAAACACACAAAAAAACCCAACUGCAAACUGAAUCUAACCUACAGGGCUAAUUGUAAUAGUUUAGUUCUUAACUGGCUUCAGGAACAGAGCGCUCGUCACAUACAUGUAAUGACGUCUUCUCUCACCCAUGUCUUUUACGUUACUUUUCACCGCUUUUCAACCAGUAUUGAUUAACAAGCCUUGCACUUCCACUCCUCACCCCCACUUCCACUUCCACCACCACCAAAACCAACCCGCCUCCAUUUGUAGCCAAACUGUUUUGUAGUGCAGGAGCAGGAGGCGCAGGCAGGCAAUCUGUCGCUUUGUGUCUGAUUUUUGAUAAGGAAAAAAACUGUGUUACAAAGUUGUAAUUAUCUUUUUGUUUAUGUUAAUCGAUGGGAAUGCCAACAUGUUGUUGCUUUUUUUUUUUCCCCCCUAUUCUCCCAGAUACUGUUAAUAACUCAGUACUGAGUCCGUGUACACAAAAGUGCAAGAAAUGACUUAACCAAUUGGCCUGAUUAGGAAGGUGCUUUGUUUCAUUUUUGCUUUUUUUUAAUUAUUUUUUUUACUUCAUUUCCACCUUUGAUUGCCACCGUUUCACCAGAAUGUACAGUAUUAUUUUAGACUUUAUUUAUGAAACGUCAGCAUAAGAGAAAAAUACAGUUCACGUGUACAUAUUGCCUUACUGAAUAAGCUGUGCCUCUGACGUCCCAUGCGAGGCACCUGUGUUUUUACGAGAAGUGAAGCUAGUGCAGCCGAUAUUGUCCCGAUGUGCAGCUGGAGGAUUGUUCGGGUUUUUUAGGCUUGGUGGUCUUUUCCACCGUCACUCUGUGCUGAAAAGAAACAGCUUUGAAGUGUAGCUCAUGUAGCUAAUGUGACAUAAAUACAUGAUAUUUUAAGCACAUUGUGACUGAGUUGUAAUCAGAACACGCUUUCUGUUGAUUUCAUGAUGUUGUCACAUCAGAUUCUUGUCUUAAAACCCACAGCACGGUGCAUCUUAAGGCACCGAGCUGCCAGAUUAAAGCAGCAUUUGCUCCUACGCAUCAGGAUGUGUAGAAUGUGCUUGAAAAGGUGUCACAAUCUGGACUCAACCCACCGGCGGCCACCUGCUGGGUGUUGUUUUUUUUCCCCUCCACAUUUGGCUGUGUUUUGGCGUCUGCCAGCCAAUCUGGCAGGUUACCAGCCCUCGUUUGGAGGUCCUGUUGUUUUCAGGUAUUUCAGCUGGCUGGUGAAAUUCCAUACAUGGAUGGUUGAGUUUGGCAGGCGACAAGUUAAUUUCCAGUCCAGUCCUCGGUGUACUUGAAUUCAGUGAAGAUCUUACAGUAACCACUUAUCGACAGCCGGGCCUAACAGGACUGAUAUUUGGGGCCAGUUUGUGUCAGAUGUUGCCAGGGAUGAAUGUUUUGAAGCUGAACUAAGAUUUCAGCUUCAUCAGUGCUAAUGAUCAUCAAUUAUAGAUUUGCAGUGAUAUCUGUUUCCCUGCUGUCAAUAGGCGGCUGUUCACACAAACCCUGCUACUUAAAGGGACAAUCCUUGCUUCAAAACAAAUAAAUAAAAAUAAACCACAUUUUGCUUUCAACACACAGAAUGGCAACUGCACGCCUAUGUGAGCCUUAAAAAAGGACUUUACAAAGCUGAAGCUGAAAUCUCAGCCUAUCCGGGAUCUCACGUUAACGUUUAGGUUUUGUCAGACAGGGAUUAAGAAAUAUAUCUCAACUUGCAGGGUGCACAUUAUGGGCUUUGUCAUAAAUGUGAGCCACGCAGGACUUGUUUCCAAGCUUUGCGAGUGUUGGUGCUCCUGUCAUUGUUUGGAGUGAGCACAUGUGAGCUAUGCUGAGCCUGGAUUUUCCUCUUUAAGAGAGCCAAGACUCCAGCUGAUGUUGACAUGGUGACACACGUUGUCGGCCACCUCCGCUGCUGUUCAGAUUCCAUGCAGUAUGUUCAAGAGCAGUCCAGUGUUGUGUACAGUACACUGAGAACUACAGGGUGAGAGGUGGGAGUGAGAGUGGGGGAAAGCAACCCAUAAACUCUUCUUUUAUUGAAGUGUCAGACACAUCAUUUUUAUUGCUUUCAGCUUUUUUUUUUCUCUUGGGUUUCUUUGCAUCCGAAUCCUUAAUAUAUGAAGUUUGAUGACCAUUUUUGAAAUAGUGUUAUGAUGAUCUCCAAUCAUAAUUGUGUAAAAUUGUUUCCUGUAUUCAUAAAUUCGCACUCCUUCAACUUGUUUCUGAAUGAAGCAACAUUCUUUUCAA